UAUUGAAAGGAAGUUGAUUGAAAAAAUUUAAGUUACAUAAAUUUAUGUGAAGUUAUAGCCUUUUUGGACAUUUUGGAUCAGAAUAUUGUGAGUCAAAGAAUUUUUCGACGACUGAACUGUCACAUUUUGUGGUCACUGAGACAAUUGGAAAUAUGUAAACUAAUAUAUAAAAUAAAUUGAAAUCAUAAAUUGGUUUUAUCUAUUUAAAUUAUAAUGAAAAAGAAACAGUAAAAUAAAUUAAAUCAUUUUCAAAUUGUGCUAAACUGUAUAGUUCGGUGUGGUUGCUUUGCGUCCUAUUUGGAACACUCCUAAGCCUAAUUUUUUUUGUUGAGUUGAGUGAACGUGCGAAACAAGGAGUAAAAUAUUUCCAAGGCGCUUUCAAGCCGGUCAAUGUCUUUUUGUAUAAGAAAUAAACGUAAUUUUAAUUACUUGCGCAACUUGACUAAAAAUUGCGGUGGUCACAAAGGAGCCACCACUGGCAUUAAUAAUAAGCCAGUAGGCGGUACUGGCAGCGGUGUCGGUGUCGUUGGUGUUGGUGGCUUAGGUGGUGGUGCCAAUAACGCUACAGGUGUUGGGGGCGUUGGAACUGGAAGUAAUGGAGCUGAUGAUGGUAACGGUGGACCCGGUGGACCAAACAAUCAACAGACUACACCACAAUAUACAAUUCCAGGAAUUUUGCAUUUCAUUCAACAUGAGUGGUCAAGAUUUGAAUUGGAAAGAUCACAGUGGGAUGUAGAUAGAGCGGAAUUACAGGCACGUAUCGCAAUGUUAUUAGGCGAACGAAAAUGCCUGGAAAGCCUUAAAUCGGAUUUAACACGACGCAUUAAAAUGCUUGAAUACGCUCUGCGACAAGAGCGCGCAAAAUUUUAUCGUUUAAAAUAUGGUACGGAUCCACCACAUUUAACAGAAACAAAACCGCCAAUCGAUGACACUGCGCUGGGUAGCGAAGUGGCGCCCGAUUCAGAAGUACCAUAUAGUUCAGUAUCGACUACAACAUGGCGACAAGGCAGACAAAUGUUGCGACAAUAUCUAGCCGAGAUUGGUUAUUCAGAUAAUAUAAUUGAUGUGCGUUCCAAUCGGGUGCGCUCUAUAUUAGGACUAAAUAAUAAUUCCGAACAAGAAGAAAAUGUAAAUCCGAAUGUUAAUGGUAAUGAAAGCAAUAAACGAGCUUCAGAAUCAGAAGGCCGACGCACACCAGCUAAGAAAUCACAACAAAACGAUGCCAUAAUCUUAGAUACUGAAGCCGCGGUGAUGGCGAAUUUCGAGUUCUUGGGACCAUCCGAAAUGUCGGACGAUGAUGAAAUAUCAGAUGAUUUGGAAAUGGUUGCUGGAGAUAAUGAUGAUGCUGAUAUUAAAACAGCAAAACGUAACAAAAGUAGCAAAGAUCUCAUUACCGAAGAUCUCGAUGCCGAGGUUGGGGAGCAGCUUCUCAAUGAUAUAAAUCUAAUUACUGAAGGAUACUCAUCAUCAAAUACUGAACAAACCAACAAUAAUACAAAUACAGCUGCCUCAGCUGCUGCCCGUAGAAAUUUAAUUACUGCUGUUACAGCUGGAGGUGAUGAAGAAGUAGAUGCCUCGUUGGGUCUUGGCGAAUUAGCUCAGCUGACGGUUAAUAAUGAAGCCGAAAAUUCAUAUGAUGCCAAUACAAAAGAUGGGACAGGCAGUGGUACUGGCGGUGCUGGUUAUCGUAAGACUUGGAAUGCCAAGUACACAUUACGUUCACAUUUUGAUGGUGUUCGUGCAUUGAUUUUUCAUCCUGAAGAGCCAGUACUGAUCACUGCAUCCGAAGAUCAUACAUUAAAACUGUGGAAUCUGCAGAAAACGGUGCAAGCCAAAAAAUCAGCUAGUCUCGACGUUGAACCAUUAUAUACUUUCCGUGCGCAUACUGGUCCUGUUCUCUGUCUGGGUAUGUCAACUAACGGUGAUACCUGCUAUUCAGGCGGUUUGGACGGUAAUAUCGAAUGCUGGCAACUGCCAUCGCCUAACAUCGAUCCUUAUGACUGUUACGAUCCCAGCGUACAUUCAGGUACACUUGAAGGUCACACUGAUAGUGUCUGGGGCCUAGCGACUAGACACAGUAAUAUAGCAUCCUGUUCUGCCGAUGGUACUGUCAAACUUUGGUCACCCUAUGCCAAGGAGCAGCUAUUACGUACUUAUACAGCUGCAGAAACUGAAGGUAUACCUUCAUCAGUUGAUUUUGUGCGCAAUGAAGUCGAUCAUAUCGUUGUGGCAUAUAAUAGCGCCCAUUGUAUUAUUUACGAUACAGAAACAGGCAAGCAAAUUAUAAAACUUGAGGCAGCGCAAGAAAUGUCUGGUAAUACGGGGAAAUUCAUCAACAAAGUAGUUUCUCAUCCGACUCUACCAAUAACAAUAACAGCACACGAAGAUAGGCACAUACGAUUUUGGGAUAAUACCUCAGGGACAUUGGUGCAUUCAAUGGUGGCUCAUUUAGAGCCUGUAACGUCUUUGGCUGUUGAUGCGCAUGGAUUAUAUUUAUUGUCGGGCUCACAUGAUUGCUCGAUAAGACUAUGGAAUCUGGACAAUAAAACAUGUGUACAGGAGAUUACAGCGCAUCGUAAGAAGUUCGAUGAAAGUAUAUUCGAUGUGGCCUUCCAUGCCACAAAACCAUAUAUCGCCAGCGCUGGUGCGGAUGGCUUGGCAAAAGUAUUCGUUUAAAACUGAUAUUUUCUAUUCUUAAUAUUAUUAAUUAUAUUUCAAUAAUUUCAUUGCGAAAGCAACGAUAAUGGACGACGUAGUAGAUUGUUACAUAGGAUGAAGUAUAAAUACCGAAAUAUAGUAGUGUGAACAAAACAAAAUAAAACAAAAUAAAACAGCAUAGACAAGUGGUAGAAACAUAAUAA